AUGUUCUUCUUCCUGCUCAACCUGGCCCUCAGCGACCUGGGCUCCAUCUGCACCACUGUUCCCAAAGCCAUGCACAAUUCCCUCUGGGACACCAGAACCAUCUCCUACACUGGAUGUGCUGCACAAGUCUUCUUUUUUGUUUUCUGCGCGACUACAGAGUUUUUCCUCCUGACCAUCAUGUGCUACGACCGCUACGUGUCCAUCUGCAAACCCCUGCACUACGGGACCCUCCUGGGCAGCAGAGCUUGUGCCCACAUGGCAGCAGCUGCCUGGGCCAGUGGCUUUCUCUAUUCACUGCUGCACACAGCCAAUACAUUUUCCCUGCCCCUGUGCCAUGGCAAUGUCUUGGGCCAGUUCUUCUGUGAAAUCCCACAGAUCCUCAAGCUCUCCUGCUCAAAUUCCUACCUCAGGGAACAUGGGCUAAUUGCUGUUAGUGCCUGUUUGCUAUUUGUUUGUUUUCUUUUUGUCAUUUUCUCCUAUGUGCAGAUCUUCAGGGCUGUGCUGAGGAUCCCCUCUGAGCAGGGACAGCACAAAGCCUUUUCCACCUGCCUCCCUCACCUGGCCGUGGUCUCCUUGUUUAUCAGCACUGGCACAUUUUCACACCUGAAACCCCCCUCCAUCUCCUCCCCAUCCCUAGAUCUGGUCCUGUCAAUUCUGUACUCGGUGGUGCCUCCAGCCCUGAACCCCCUCAUCUACAGCCUGAGGAACCAGGAGCUCAAGCAGGGAGCCUCCAACCCGCCGCAGCAGGCAGUCUCCAACCCGCCGCAGCCGGGAGUCUCCAACCCGCCACCGCAGGGAGCCUCGGCAUGGACCUGGCAGCCGCAGUAG